UGGGUUGUACUUGUAUAGCGCUUUCUACCCCUUUUUAAGGAGCCCAAAGCGCUUUGACAGUAUUUCCACAUUCGCCCAUUCACAUAACAAUGGGUUGAAGACCAGAUCACAACAUGCGGAUUUGAUUUGUUUACUAAAGUUAAGACGUACGUCAUGUAUGGCGCUUUUGGACUCUAUUGCUUUCCAUACAACCUGACGGUUGUCAUGGAAACGUUUUGUUGCGCUCCACUUGUCCGACAUGUAAAGACUCGGGUACGAGCACAGAACGCCAACAGGACUAACUUUUGGUGAUGGCCUCCUCCCAGCGUGACGUCAUCGACUUUUCCGCCCUUGAAAAAGAGUUGCGGACGAACGUGGAGUCCGAACGCAAAUACAAACGGGAGAACGACGCGAAGCUGCGAGCCGUCAGUCAGGGCGUGUCCUCCUACCAGCAGUUCAGAGACAUGGUUCUUACCUGUCACCUGAAACCGCUGGACCAGGAUGACAAGAACGCUCCCCGCAAACAACCAUGGAACCCUUUGGUUGGCCCCGACAUCAAGCGCGCCAUGACCCCUGACCCUGAUUACACACAUGACUCCUAAUUCUUCACAAUGUGAUGGUAUCGAUAUUAGACAUCAGUCCGAUAUCAUGAAAAAAAAACAAGUAUUUGAUGAUAUCAGCUUGCGUGUAAAAUGUGUUAUAAAACAAGCAGUCAUGCAGUG